AUGCUUAAACUUCACCAAGAUCUUCAUCCGGAACAAAGGCCAAAGUUUCCAUUCUUGAAAAGUUUCACUGAAUUAGCGAAUUGGCAACCAGGAAAUGAUGACCGGAAUGUUGCAAGAGUAACACUUCGUACACGACCUGAAUUUCGACAGAUUGUUUCCGAUGAAGAAAAAAGCAAACGAGAUCUCAAAGUUAUCGCAUGUCAUGAUAUGGCAGGCGGAUAUAUUGAAGAUUACUUCAAAAUCGGUUAUAGCAUUCAAUAUUGGCAAUAUGUUGACACCUUUAUUUAUUUCUCGCAUAAUCGUAUUGGAGUACCUCCGCCACAAUGGACAAAUGCUGCGCAUCGUAAUGGUGUUAAAGUAUUAGGUACAUUGAUCACCGAAUGGCAAGAAGCCAUGCUCGAAAAUGACUUAUGGGUCCGUGGACCUAACCUCGAAGGAAAGUUAUCCGAAGUGGAAAAUGUAGAUCGGAGUAUCGUUAACACUGUUUUCGCGGAUAAAUUGAUUCAAAUGGCUGAAUAUUAUAACUUUGAUGGAUGGUUUAUAAAUGUCGAAGCACCAUUAGUCGGAGGUGCUGCCCAUGCUAAGCAAUUAAUGACGUUUUUGGAAUAUUUGAAAAGAGAAAUUCAUCGUAAAAUCCCAGGAUCUUUGGUUAUAUGGUACGAUUCAGUAACUACUGAAGGGCUCGUUCAAUGGCAGGAUCGGCUAGAUGAUGCAAAUUAUCCAUUUUUUAAAUCAACGGACGGUAUUUUCGUAAAUUAUACUUGGCAAGCACAUUUUCCUGCCCUUUCUGCUGCUAGAGCAGGUGAGAUAAGACAACGCGAGGUUUAUACUGGAAUCGAUAUUUGGGGACGUAAUACCUAUGGUGGUGGCGGCUUUUCCACUCAUAAGGCGUUGGAAAUAAUUAAGAACGCAAGAACAUCAGCAGCUCUAUUUGCUCCAGCUUGGACAUUUGAACAUCUUGGCGUAGAAAAUUUUUGGGAUAAUGAUAAAUUAUUUUGGCAAGGAGGUGUAUCGUCACAAUCAACUGGAGGAGAUAAUAACACUGGAGAUAUUGGAAUCACAGGGGUGAGAAAUCCUGGCAUUGCUGAUUAUGUUACAGCACGAUAUCCACCCGAUAACAGACUAUUUUACACUAAUUUUUCUCGAGGAUGCGGAAAAAACUUUUACGUUGAUGGUCGGUUGGUGUUAUCAAAUCAGGAUUGGUAUCAUUUAAGUCAUCAGUCUAUCCAGCCGAAUAAGCUUGCACCGACAUCACCGGUGACAUUUGACUACUCAUUUGAUAAAGCAUAUCAAGGAGGAACUUCUCUUAUCGUUACACGAACUGCUGAAUUCAACUCAACAAGGUUUAUUCUUUCACUCUACGAGAUGGAUGUUCGACUAUCUACGAAUGGUCCAACUCGAAUCACGGUCACUUAUCUUCCUGCUCAUAAUGAUGUUCAUAUUGGUACUUUUGCUAAAUUGGGAGCAAAUGGGGUAGUUGAAUUUGUAGGUGGAAAUGAUAAUAACGUUAGUAGUGAUGGAAGUGAUGGAAAAACUACAGUAAUGUUUUUAUCAUUCGAAAAUUCUGUGAUUCAAUCCGGAACAUCGUUACCGCCAAAUCAAGUAAAAAUGUUUAAGCCGACUUCUAGUUUAAAUAGAGAUGGAUGGAUCACUUCAGAGUUCUUAUUAGAACCAAACUUCUUUUUGCCUCCUCCUUUAGAAAAUCCAUUAUCAAUCAAAGAAUUUGGAUUGACUAUUUUCACUUCGCCAACUACAAAUGAUAAUGUCACAUCAAAAUCUGAAAUCUUAGCAUAUAUUGGUGAACUGUCUAUCACUCCAUUUAUUAAGGAAACAUCACCACAAGAAGUUGUACACAAUGUCUUUUGGGAUCCUCAACAUGUUGAUAAGAUUAAAGAUCAAGGAUUAUUACGUAUUUGGGGGAACGUUAAAUGGGAAAUGGGAAUUCGUGUUAACGACGACGAAUCUUUCGACAACACUUUAACCGGUCCAUAUGUAAACACCUAUGCUUACUACUAUGUGUAUGCAGGAUUAUCGACCGAUCCUAACGCAAAGCCAGUUAUGAAUGAAUUGACAUUUUUGGGCAUUGCUGAUACAAAUUCUUUUUGGAUUGCUGGAUUUGAUGUAUCAGCUGAUAAGGUCAAGAAUGAAAACGCGGGCUUGGUUGUUUGGAUUCAGAGUGUUAAAGAAGAAGACGGGGCGAAAGCAGAAGUUUUUGAGUGGCGUAAGUGUUGGAUAAAAUUGACAGGGUAUAUUGAUUAA